UUGUAACGAUUUUCCUUUCGAACCCAACGCAUGAAACGACGACGAUGGCAACGAACCGAUCGACCAGACUUCUAGUCUUGCUUGUGCUCACGGCCCUAGUGGCCAACCACCAGGCAAGGGCAGCCGCCGCCAUUCUUAAGUGCGCCGGCAAGUCAGCUGUCUGCGUGGGACCUCUUACCUAUCAGCUCUGCGUGGACGAUUUGACGACGGGUAAUGUGAUUCCCUGCCAGACGAGCACGCGAUGCGUCACCGAUGGCAUCGAGAUAUGCGAGCCCAUCAAGAUAGACGCAGAGGCACCCACGGCGGCUGUGGCCAAGAUGGUGACAAUUACCGACAGUCCAGCUGCCGUCAGCGAAUCUGCCCUGCUUGUCGACGGCACCGGAACCGGCAAUUCCAACGCCACCACUAAUACAAUCUCCACUGAGGGUCUCGGAUCAUCAACGUCCGCUGGGCCGACCACAACUCCAGCUGAGACAACCACUGCUCCCGCUGAGACAACAAAUAUUUUGGAAACAACCACAGAAAUUUCAUGGUCUGAGGUGUCCCUAGACCCGGAGUCCACGACUUCAGUUAUUAACGAGAACACUACCAACACCAAUGCACCUGGACAAAGCGAGCCCAACGCAACAGAAGGAUCAACCGCUGCUCCUGGAGAAGUAAGUCCCAACAACCCGGCAGGUUCGACAUCCGCUCCUGGUACUCCCGAAGAUCCAAGCGCUCCAGCAGGCUCGACUAACGCUCCUGGUACCCCUGCUGAUCCAAAUGUUCCAGCUGGUUCCACUGCCGCUCCUGGUAGUCCUGAAGAUCCGAACGCUCCAGCAGGCUCGACUGCCACUCCUGGCACCCCUGCUGACCCCAACGCUCCAGCUGGUUCCACUGCCGCUCCUGGUAGUCCUGAAGAUCCGAACGCUCCAGCAGGCUCGACUUCCACUCCUGGCACCCCUGCUGACCCCAACGCUCCAGCUGGUUCCACUGCCGAUCCUGGUAAUCCUGCUGAUCCAAACGCUCCAGCAGGCUCGACUAAUGCUCCUGGUACCCCAGCUGAUCCAAAUGUUCCAGCUGAUUCCACUGCCGCUCCUGGUGUUCCAAAUGCUCCAGCUGGUUCGACUGCCUCUCCUGGUACCCCUUCUGAUCCAAAUGCUCCAGCUGGUUCCACUGCCGCUCCUGGAAAUCCUGCUGAUCCAAACGCUCCAGCAGGCUCGACUAACGCUCCUGAUACCCCUGCUGAUCCAAAUGUUCCAGCUGGUUCCACUGCCGCUCCUGGUAGUCCUGAAGAUCCGAACGCUCCAGCAGGCUCGACUUCCACUCCUGGCACCCCUGCUGACCCCAACGCUCCAGCUGGUUCCACUGCCGAUCCUGGUAAUCCUGCUGAUCCAAACGCUCCAGCAGGCUCGACUAACGCUCCUGGUACCCCUGCUGAUCCAAAUGUUCCAGCUGGUUCCACUGCCGCUCCUGGUAGUCCUGAAGAUCCGAACGCUCCAGCAGGCUCGACUGCCACUCCUGGCACCCCUGCUGACCCCAACGCUCCAGCUGGUUCCACUGCCGAUCCUGGUAAUCCUGCUGAUCCAAACGCUCCAGCAGGCUCGACUGCCACGCCUGGCACCCCUGCUGACCCCAACACUCCAGCUGGUUCCACUGCCGCUCCUGGUAGUCCUGAAGAUCCGAACGCUCCAGCAGGCUCGACUUCCACUCCUGGCACCCCUGCUGACCCCAACGCUCCAGCUGGUUCCACUGCCGAUCCUGGUAAUCCUGCUGAUCCAAACGCUCCAGCAGGCUCGACUAACGCUCCUGGUACCCCUGCUGAUCCAAAUGUUCCAGCUGGUUCCACUGCCGCUCCUGGUAGUCCUGAAGAUCCGAACGCUCCAGCUGACCCCAACGCUCCAGCUGGUUCCACUGCCGAUCCUGGUAAUCCUGCUGAUCCAAACGCUCCAGCAGGCUCGACUAACGCUCCUGGUACCCCUGCUGAUCCAAAUGUUCCAGCUGGUUCCACUGCCGCUCCUGGUAGUCCUGAAGAUCCGAACGCUCCAGCUGACCCCAACGCUCCAGCUGGUUCCACUGCCGAUCCUGGUAAUCCUGCUGAUCCAAACGCUCCAGCAGGCUCGACUAACGCUCCUGGUACCCCUGCUGAUCCAAAUGUUCCAGCUGGUUCCACUGCCGCUCCUGGUAGUCCUGAAGAUCCGAACGCUCCAGCAGGCUCGACUGCCACUCCUGGCACCCCUGCUGACCCCAACGCUCCAGCUGGUUCCACUGCCGAUCCUGGUAAUCCUGCUGAUCCAAACGCUCCAGCAGGCUCGACUAACGCUCCUGGUACCCCAGCUGAUCCAAAUGUUCCAGCUGAUUCCACUGCCGCUCCUGGUGUUCCAAAUGCUCCAGCUGGUUCGACUGCCUCUUCUGGUACCCCUUCUGAUCCAAAUGCUCCAGCUGGUUCCACUGCCGCUCCUGGUAGUCCUGAAGAUCCGAACGCUCCAGCUGACCCCAACGCUCCAGCUGGUUCCACUGCCGAUCCUGGUAAUCCUGCUGAUCCAAACGCUCCAGCAGGCUCGACUAACGCUCCUGGUACCCCUGCUGCUCCAAAUGUUCCAGCUGGUUCCACUGCCGCUCCUGGUAGUCCUGAAGAUCCGAACGCUCCAGCUGACCCCAACGCUCCAGCUGGUUCCACUGCCGCUCCUGGUAUUCCUGAAAAUUCAAACUCUGGUUCGACUGCCGCUCCUGGCACGCCUGCUGAUCCCAACGCUCCAGCUGUUUCGACUGCUGCUCCUGGUAUUCCUGAAAAUCCAAACGCUGGUUCGACUGCCGCACCUGGUAAUCCUUCUCAUCCCAACUCUCCAGCUGGUUCCACUGCCGCUCCUGGCACCCCAGCUGAUCCCAACAUUCCAGCUGGUUCCACUGCCGCUCCUGGCACCCCUGCUGAUCCCAACAUUCCAGAUGGUUCGACUCGCGCUCCUGGUAUUCCUGCUGAUCCAAAUGUUCCAGCUGGUUCCACAGCCGCUCCUGGUACCCCUGCUGAUCCCAACGCUCCAGCUGUUUCGACUGCUGCUCCUGGUAUUCCUGAAAAUCCAAACGCUGGUUCGACUGCCGCACCUGGUAAUCCUUCUCAUCCCAACUCUCCAGCUGGUUCCACUGCCGCUCCUGGCACCCCAGCUGGUUCGACUCCAGCUUCUGGUACUCCUGCUGAUCCAAAUGCUACAGCUGGUUCCACUGCGGCUCCAGGUACUCCGGCUGAUCCCAACGCUCCAGCUGAGUCAUGGCGUCAGCGCCCGCAUCAUUUCUUUCUUCCAGGCCAGACUCGACCAACUCUUCGUCCAGUUCAGCAUUUACCGAUCUGGCCAAGUGGACCACAUUAUGCAAAAAAUCCUGGUGUUGAUUCAGCUGAAGGACCCCGAAAUGGCUUCAAGCCCAUCCCAUCCCAUCGGCCGCUUCAAUUCUGGCCAGACUGGCAGAAGUGGAUGAAUGGCUGGCGCACAACUCGGGAGCCCGUUAGCAUUACUAAGGCGCCCGCUUCCAAUCAGGAGCAAGAGAAACCCCAGCCAGAGAAGCCCAGCAACAAUGGCCCCAAAGCUCUCGAGAGUGUAGAGCAGGCUGCCUCUGUACGCCCAUCAGGUGCAGGUGUAUCCAGCGAGAACGCCUCUGUCGAGCAGAGCCCCAAGGGUUCUGGCGAGAGAACAAAGGACAAUCCCAAAUCUGUCGAAGAACAGUCCAAGGAGCAGGAACAGAAGAAGGCCAGCUCCACUGAGAAAGACAGCUCCCUCGAAGAAAAGAAGGAAGCGGAAAAGGACAAGUCAAAAGAUUCCAAAGAGGAAAAGGACAGCGAAUCGAAUAAGUCCAAUGAUGACGAAAAGAAUGAAGAGGACAAGCAGAGCUCAAAGGAAAAGAAAAAGUACUUGAAAAACAUCAUCAAGAAGUUGAAGAAUGAGGAAGACUGCGACGAGGAUGACGUCUUCCCUGAUGUUCGUGACUGCAAGAAGUACUUCCGAUGUGAGGUAAAACGGUCGGGGAAGCACAAGUUGGUGCAUCUGCGUUGCAACAAAAAGGAGAGGUUCGAUUGGCUCGACCAAACCUGCCUUCCCAAGGAUGAAGCUCGUUGUCUAGAGAAGUAAAGGGAUGUGAUUGGCAUCUCCAUCGACGGUAUUUCAAAACUUUAUUAUCCACAUAAUAAUCACAGCAUCACUUAUAUUGGCAAUGAUAUUUUAUCUAUGGCUUGUCCUAUUUUCUAAUUUCUUUUCCUAUUUAAAAAAUAAAUUUUCUUUCCAUUAAUAAAUCGGAAAAUGAAUGCAAA